AUGCGCGCCCUUCCCCUCCGCCUGGGCCUCCUGUCCCUGCUGGCCUCCGUCUCCGCCGCCCGCAACCUCCAACUCAACAACCUCCUCCCGCUCCACCGCCGCGGAAACGAUGACUCCUCCUCCGCCACCUCCACCACCACCACCUCCUCCGCCCACGGCUCCAUCACCGCCGUCCCCCCCAACGUCGUCACCCUAACCGGCCACUCGACCGCCAGCGCCACCGCCAACGACGACGACGACGACGACGACACCACCGUCCUCACCACCGUCGUCAACGGCCACACGACGCGCGUCACCAUGCUCGUCGCGUCCAGCGGCGCCGCCGCCUCGUCCGACGGCAUCGUCGUGCUCACCGGCACCGAAGACGUGCCUUCGUCCACGGCGACCGCGUCCGUCACCUCCUCGCGCGUCAACGGCACUUCGACCGUCCAGCAGUCGUCGGUGACGACGGCGACUACCAGCUUGAGCGAUGACGAUGAUGCGGCGACGGCGACGGAGAGGGCGGCGGCGACGGGUGGGGAGGGCGCUGGCCAGACGCAAGGCGCUGCGGCGAGUACUACUAGUACGGGCGGUGCGGCGCCGGCGUGGGCGACGCCGGCGGGGGCGGUGGGGUGGUGGGUUGGGUUGGUGGCUGGUGGUGUUGGGGCGGGGGCGGUUGUGGGGUUGGUUUGA